AUCCCAUCUUCCCUGGAGCGCGUCCCUGCCCCGCACACGCACGCGCGGGCCCUGCAGUUUCUCCUUCGGGCCGGCUGCGGACUGUACCAAGUGAACCCGGACCGCGAGGGGCAAAAGCCCGGAACCCCCUGCGCCGGCCCCGCGAUGGCCCGACUCGGGUAGCCCCUCUUCACACUGGGCGCCAGGAAUGGUCCGUCUCGGCGCGCAAGCGCCCUAGGCUCCUCACGCCCCCCGCGCUCCUUCCCGUCUACACGCAGCGCAGGCGCCGAGCCCGGGCGUGCAGCCGCCGCCACCGCCGCCGCCGCCGCCGCGCCGGAGCGGGGCCGCCCAGCCGCAUCCCUCUUCCGGCUGACAUCCUGCGUUCGAGAACUUGUGGCCAAGGUGUAGCUGCGGAGAGCUGGCCGGGGAGAGACGCUGCCUAGCUUCUGCUCUGCUCCCGUCUCCUCCUCCGGCCAUGACAGAGACUCGUGAGCCAGCUGAGACCGGAGGCUAUGCCAGCUUGGAAGACGACGACGAGGACCUCUCUCCAGGCCCCGAGCACUCCUCUAAUUCCGAAUACACACACUCAGAGCCGGACUCCGAAGAGGAGGAGGAGGAGGAGGAGGAGGAAGAGGAGACCACCGACGACCCCGAAUAUGACCCAGGCUACAAAGUGAAGCAGCGCCUGGGAGGGGGCCGCGGGGGCCCCUCCCGCCGGGCUCCCCGCGCAGCCCAGCCCCCGGACCCCCCAGCCCAGCCCUGCCAGCUCUGCGGCCGCUCGUCCCUCGGGGAGGCCCCGCCAGGCGCUCCGCCCUGCCGGCUCUGCCGUCCCACCGCGGCCGCCCAGGAAGCGCCAGCUCCCGAAGUCAGGGUGCUCGGGGAGGGAGAGGGAGAGCCGGCCCGGGCUGGGGGGGGCCGGCGCCACCCCGCCCGGCAGGAGGAGGAGCCGGACGAGGACGAGGAGGGCACCUACCACUGCACGGAGUGCGAGGAUUCCUUCGACAGCCUCGGGGAGCUGCAUGGGCACUUCAUGCUGCAUGCCCGGGGUGAGGUGUAGCACGGCCCCUGCCCAGAAGCUUGGCGGGAGGCGGGAGGCGGGAGGAGGUGGUCCUGGGGGACGGAGUACUGCCCGUCUGUGUCAUCUCAGCGGUAUGUGUGAGGCCAGAAUAAAAGCCAAAUUCUGUGUGUCGG